AUGAUCGUUUCGACAGCGGAUCGAAGAAAAAGAUUGAUGAGAAGAAUUCAUACGCUUCAAUCGGAGGAUCAUAGCCAACAUGGAGGAAGUACGCUUGAUCUAGACUUUUCAUUACCAUUCGACGAUGAUAUUGCUGAAGAAGAACAAGCUACUCAACCAAAAAUCGAUAAAAAUUUCCUAUUUGUUCCUGAUAUUCAUGAACUAGCACUGGACAAAGGAGAAAGGCCUCCUCACAAACGGGAUGUCAUCGAGAAGAUUCCGAUGCGUGCUCGAUCACAAAGUUGGCUGAUUCGUACACGACAUCUACUGCAUGAUGACAGGCAAACAUCACCUCUCAUCUCACAUAUGAUGCUUAUCUUCUCAAUACUUCUAUUCUUCAUGUCCUUACCUUGGAGUUUGUUAUUCUGCUUCAAAGUAAUAAAAGAAUAUCAACGUGCUGUGAUUUUCCGCUUGGGACGUUUAAUCCGUGGUGGGACGAAAGGCCCAGGAUUAUUUUUUAUACUUCCUUGUAUCGACACUUGUAAAAUUGUCGACCUCCGAGUGCUUUCAUUCGACGUGCCACCUCAGGAAAUUCUCAGUCGUGACUCUGUAACCGUAUCUGUAGAAGCUGUCAUUUAUUUCCGAGUUUCAAAUCCGGUCGACCUCCGAGUGCUUUCAUUCGACGUGCCACCUCAGGAAAUUCUCAGUCGUGACUCUGUAACCGUAUCUGUAGAAGCUGUCAUUUAUUUCCGAGUUUCAAAUCCGGUAAUAUCGGUGACGAAUGUGAAUGAUGCUCAGUUCAGUACACGUCUUCUUGCUCAGACCACACUUCGAAAUGUUUUAGGAACAAAAACACUUAGCGAGAUGCUCUCUGAACGUGAUGCUAUAGCAAGUGUCGACCUCCGAGUGCUUUCAUUCGACGUGCCACCUCAGGAAAUUCUCAGUCGUGACUCUGUAACCGUAUCUGUAGAAGCUGUCAUUUAUUUCCGAGUUUCAAAUCCGGUAAUAUCGGUGACGAAUGUGAAUGAUGCUCAGUUCAGUACACGUCUUCUUGCUCAGACCACACUUCGAAAUGUUUUAGGAACAAAAACACUUAGCGAGAUGCUCUCUGAACGUGAUGCUAUAGCAAGUAUAACGGAGAAAGUGCUCGAUGAAGGUACAGAUCCGUGGGGAGUGAAGGUGGAACGUGUCGAAAUUAAAGACAUUCGUCUACCCCAUAUGCUAAUGCGAAGUAUGGCAGCCGAAGCGGAAGCUGUCCGUCGAGCCCGAGCUGCUGUUAUUCAUGCUGAAGGCGAAAAAAACGCUUCUCGGUGGAUGUCAGAAGCAGCUGAUAUUAUCAGCGGAAACAGAAUCGGGGUUCAACUUCGAUAUCUUCAAACGCUUCAUUCAAUUGCUCACCAGAGGAACAACACAAUUGUGGUCCCGUUCCCAAUAGAAGUCGCACAGAAGAUGGUCAAAAGAUUUGGGCACAUGGGUGUAGCAAGAACAUCAGCCUGA